ACGAGCGCCCGCCGGUCACGUGACCCGCCUCUGCGCGCCCCCGGGCACGACCCCGGAGUCUCCGCGGGCGACCGGGGCGCGCGUGCACGGAGGUUCUCCUUGUCCGCCCGUUGCUCAGCGAGGGAGGCUCUGCGCGUGCCGCAGCUGACGGGGAAACUGAGGCACGGAGCGGGUGAGACCCCUGACUUCUGCCCCGCGCUGCCGACGGAGCUGUCCAGGCCAUCUCCAACCAUGGGAGUGAGGCACGCACCCUGUUCCCGCCGGCUCCUGGCCAUCUGCGCCCUCGUGUCCUUGGCCACCGCUGCACUCCUGGGGCACAUCCUGCUCCAUGAUUUCCUGCAGGUUCCCCGAGAGCUGAGUGGCUCCUCCCCAGUCCUGGAGAAGAUUCACCCAGCUCACCAGCAGGGAGCCAGCAGGCCAGGGCCUCAGGAUGCCCAGGCACACCCUGGCCGUCCCAGAGCAGUGCCCACACAGUGCGACGUCCCCCCCAACAGCCGCUUCGACUGUGCCCCUGACAAGGCCAUCACCCAGGAACAGUGCGAGGCCCGUGGCUGCUGCUACAUCCCUGCAAAGCAGGGACUGCGGGGAGUCCAGAUGGGGCAGCCCUGGUGCUUCUUCCCACCCAGCUACCCCAGCUACAAGCUGGAGAACCUGAGCUCCUCUGAAAUGGGCUACACGGCCACCCUGACCCGUACCACCCCGACCUUCUUCCCCAAGGACAUCCUGACCUUGCAGUUGGACGUGAUGAUGGAGACUGAGAACCGCCUCCACUUCAUGAUCAAAGAUCCCGCUAACAGGCGCUACGAGGUGCCCUUGGAGACCCCGCGUGUCCACAGCCGGGCGCCGUCCCCACUCUACAGCGUGGAGUUCUCCGAGGAGCCCUUCGGGGUGAUCGUGCGCCGGCAGCUGGACGGCCGCGUGCUGCUGAACACAACGGUGGCGCCCCUGUUCUUUGCGGACCAGUUCCUUCAGCUGUCCACUUCAUUGCCCUCGCAGUACAUCACAGGCCUCGCCGAGCACCUCAGUCCCCUGAUGCUCAGCACCAGCUGGACCAGGAUCACCCUGUGGAACCGGGACCUCGCGCCCACGCCUGGUGCAAACCUCUAUGGGUCUCACCCUUUCUACCUGGCGCUGGAGGACGGCGGGUCGGCACACGGGGUGUUCCUGCUGAACAGCAAUGCCAUGGAUGUGGUCCUGCAGCCGAGCCCCGCCCUUAGCUGGAGGUCGACAGGUGGGAUCCUGGAUGUCUACGUCUUCCUGGGCCCGGAGCCCAAGAGCGUGGUGCGGCAGUACCUGGACGUUGUGGGAUACCCGUUCAUGCCGCCAUACUGGGGCCUGGGCUUCCACCUGUGCCGCUGGGGCUACUCCUCCACCGCCAUCACCCGCCAGGUGGUGGAGAACAUGACCAGGGCCCACUUCCCCCUGGACGUCCAGUGGAACGACCUGGACUACAUGGACUCCCGGAGGGACUUCACGUUCAACAAGGAUGGCUUCCGGGACUUCCCGGCCAUGGUGCAGGAGCUGCACCAGGGCGGCCGGCGCUACAUGAUGAUCGUGGAUCCUGCCAUCAGCAGUUCGGGCCCUGCUGGGAGCUACAGGCCCUACGACGAGGGUCUGCGGAGGGGGGUUUUCAUCACCAACGAGACCGGCCAGCCGCUGAUUGGGAAGGUAUGGCCCGGGUCCACUGCCUUCCCCGACUUCACCAACCCCGCAGCCCUGGCCUGGUGGGAGGACAUGGUGGCUGAGUUCCAUGAUCAGGUGCCCUUCGACGGCAUGUGGAUUGACAUGAACGAGCCUUCCAACUUCAUCAGGGGCUCUGAGGACGGCUGCCCCAACAAUGAGCUGGAGAACCCACCCUACGUGCCUGGGGUGGUUGGGGGGACCCUCCAGGCGGCCACCAUCUGUGCCUCCAGCCACCAGUUCCUCUCCACACACUACAACCUGCACAACCUCUACGGCCUGACUGAAGCCAUCGCCUCCCACAGGGCACUGGUGAAGGCUCGGGGGACACGCCCAUUUGUGAUCUCCCGCUCGACGUUUGCUGGCCACGGCCGAUAUGCCGGCCACUGGACGGGGGACGUGUGGAGCUCCUGGGAGCAGCUCGCCUCCUCCGUGCCAGAAAUCCUGCAGUUUAACCUGCUGGGGGUACCUCUGGUCGGGGCCGACGUCUGCGGCUUCCUGGGCAACACCUCAGAGGAGCUGUGUGUGCGCUGGACCCAGCUGGGGGCCUUCUACCCCUUCAUGCGGAACCACAACGGCCUGCUCAGUCUGCCCCAGGAGCCGUACAGCUUCAGCGAGCCAGCCCAGCAGGCCAUGAGGAAGGCCCUCGCGCUGCGCUACGCACUCCUUCCCCACCUCUACACGCUGUUCCACCAGGCCCACGUUGCCGGGGAGACCGUGGCCCGGCCCCUCUUCCUGGAGUUCCCCAAGGACUCUAGCACCUGGACUGUGGACCACCAGCUCCUGUGGGGGGAGGCCCUGCUCAUCACCCCAGUGCUCCAGGCUGGAAAGACCGAAGUGACUGGCUACUUCCCCUUGGGCACAUGGUACGACCUGCAGACGGUGCCAAUAGAGGCCCUUGGCAGCCUCCCACCCCCACCUGCAGCUCCCCGUGAGCCAGCCAUCCACAGCGAGGGGCAGUGGGUGACGCUGCCGGCCCCCCUGGACACCAUCAACGUCCACCUCCGGGCUGGGUACAUCAUCCCCCUGCAGGGCCCUGGCCUCACAACCACAGAGUCCCGCCAGCAGCCCAUGGCCCUGGCUGUGGCCCUGACCAAGGGUGGGGAGGCCCGAGGGGAGCUGUUCUGGGAUGAUGGAGAGAGCCUGGAAGUGCUGGAGCGAGGGGCCUACACACAGGUCAUCUUCCUGGCCAGGAAUAACACGAUCGUGAAUGAGCUGGUACAUGUGACCGGUGAGGGAGCUGGCCUGCAGCUGCAGAAGGUGACUGUCCUGGGCGUGGCCACGGCACCCCAGCAGGUCCUCUCCAACGGCGUCCCUGUCUCCAACUUCACCUACAGCCCCGACACCAAGGCAAGAGGGCCCAGAGCGGCACAGGGCUCCCAUCCCCCAGCCAUGGUGCAGGGGGCAGAAGGUGCUGGGGGUCCUGGUGACCCGAUGCCAGGAACAGAGGACGCUGGGACCUCCCAAGGGGGUCUUUGGGGAGGAGUGGGAAGGGUCAGGCCACACAGGCUGCGCCUUUCCUCCUCCUGUGUCUACACGUGGGUGAUGGGGCCACGAUGACGACCUUUGAGCCGUGUUUAAGCAGCACCACGUUUCUGGCGUGCGUUAAGGUGACCCGCACUGAGAGCUGGGGUCCUCCUGCACCUGCUGGGGAGGAACCGGGUGCAAAGCAUCGCAGGGCCAGACGGAGCCACCCCCUGAGCGCCAGGCGUCGCUGCUGCUGGGAUCUCGGGGCUGCUCCAUUUGUGCUCUCUCUUUUCCAGGUCCUGGACAUCCCUGUCUCGCUGUUGAUGGGAGAGCAGUUUCUCAUCAGCUGGUCUUAGCCAGGCGGAGUGUGUUAGUCUCUCCAGAGGGAGGCUGGUUCCCCAGGGAAGCAGAGCCUGUGUGGGCAGCAGCUCUGUGCGGGCCUGGGGGUUGGAUGUGUCACCUGGAGCCGGGCACUAACCGUCCCAAGCUGCCACAUCGCUUGUUUCCACCUCCUGGGCCGGGGCUCUGGCUCCCAACAUGUCUAGGAGAGGUUUCUCCCUAGAUCACACUGUGGGCCAGGGCCCUGGAGGGCUGCUCUGCGUUAGUAAGAUGGUAAGGUUUGCCCUCCUCACCUGUUGCUGGCGUGCGGGUAAUGUUAGCCACCCCCCUCCAUCUGUCCCCAGCACCGGAGAAGGGGGUGCUCGGGUGGAGGUGUGGGAUGUGCACCUGAGCUCCUGCUGCUCUGCCCCAACUCGACCGCUGCCCGGCUGCCCAGAGGGCUGGAUGCCUGCCGGUCCCCGAGCGUGCCCGGGAACUCAGGAAAAUUCACAGGACUUGGGAGAUUCUAAAUCUUAAGUGCAAUUAUUUUUAAUAAAAGGGGCAUUUGGAAUCA